GGCACAACGGUCCGGAGCGCCGCUUCUCAUCCUCUCGUAAAUCAGCAAGCAGCAGUGAGUUUCAUAAAUUAACGAAUAGCUCUCCCACUCCGCCUUCCCGCCUUGCUCCGUCUAUGUGGAGCCCUCAGCCCACCACAGUCGACAUCUGAAAAGUGACUUCGAUCUCUGCUCCCGAGCGUCGUGGGCUCAUUCAGACGUCCAGCCGUCCAGUCGCAGCCGUCCGCUGCGCGCAAAGGAUGCGCACCGCCCUGGCCGUCACCCUGGCGCUGCUGCUGGCUGCUGCCGCCGCCGUCUCCGCCGCCGCCACCGCCCAUCCGGCCGACACCAAGUCCGAGCCCACACUGAAAGAGGUGCUGGACUCGACGGUCAACCGGAUGAUAGCCCUGACCCUGGCGUCCAGCUCGGAUACGGUUAAUCACAAGGAGAGCAUCCAGGACCCCCAGGUGGCGAUGAUGGAGAGAGCGCUAGAGAAGUUCCUCAAGUUGGGGCCGGCGAGCGCUCGGCAGACGCGCGAUGUCGCGGACAUUGAGCACGGGCCCAAGCGGCGGGACAAGCGGAACCUGCUGCAGAUCCUGUCGGAGGCGGUGCUGCUCAGGCCGCAGUACAUGAGCGAGUACCUGCACGAGUACGUGGAGGGGUAGCCACAAGCCACUAGCUGCGGCGGACCGGCCCGGGAGCCCACAGCAAUAGCGGCCACAUCGACGCCUUGGGAUGCAUGCAUCGUUAACCACGCCAUCACCGCCGCAGCGGCGUCAGCCCGAACAAGGUCCUCUUUCUCUCUCGCACCCCCACACUCAUCUCCCGUCUCUCUCUCUCUCUCUCUCUCUCUCUCUCUCUCUCUCUCUCUCUCUCUCUCUCUCUCUCUCUCUCGAGAAAGCCCGCGAAAGCGCACCCCUAGUGGACCACCCAGUAUUAUUACAAAAAACUAGUGAAAUCAGGUUCAAAACCAGUACAAUCUAAGAAAAGUGAGUAAAACUAACAGUGCCCCAUCAGUGAAGUGAUUUACUUCAAGUGGAAACGACGUGGCUACUCCACAAGGAACCAAAAUGUUGGGGCUGCCCAGGCCCUAACCUCACUACGACGCCGCCACCAAAAGUCAUCAAGAACCAUCCAAGAAAAUGCUGCGUCAACAUCAAACCCAACUUUAUUCAAGUGUGCUUCAAUCCCACUCAAGUCCAAUGAACUAUUCAUUUGAAAAUUCAACUCCCCAAACCAAACUGCAACCUAACCUCCAAUCAACAACAACUAUAGUGCCAAACGAUGCCCCAUCACGAAAAAUGUCAGUGGUUUUUGAGAACACUCAAGAAUUCAACCAAGACCAACUACUCCGCGCUGCAGCCGACGUUGUCGGUGGCAACAACAUUCAAUACGCUGCAAGACUCAGUGGGGGCCGAUUUUGCCUCUACUUAUCCUGCUAUUCUGCCGUCACAACACUCUGCGACCGCGGAGGUGUCGAAAUCGACGACAUCUUCCUGCCGUGUCGUAAGUACGUCUCCGAUGCCACCAAAUUCCUAAUUUCCAACUGCCCACCUGAAAUGUCAGACGAUGCACUGCUAAACCUUCUCAAACCAUACGGUAAACCCGUCUCGACGCCGACCAGGCUCAGAGUCAGCACAAUCCACGACGACCUCAAGCAUGUCAGAACCUGGACACGAUCCCUCUACAUGCAAAUUCCCAAGGACGCCCCACCGUGCCCAGAAGUGAUGCCAAUCACAAGCACAGAAGGCGUCAAGCACACCCUGUACAUCGAAACAAAAACAUGCAAUUUCUGCCGAAGCCCAAGUCAUACCGUCGAAGAGUGCAACAAAAAGAAACAACAAAACGAAGACUUCCCAGCCCUAGAAUACAUACCAUCGCCAGCUCUCCGCCUCGCCAAGCAAGCAACCUUUCAACAACCCCAAACAAACCCGCUGAACCCACAUUUCUCAAAAGAAAAACCCAGCCCCAGCCCAGAAGAACCACCGAAGCAUCAAGACAAAGUGCCCCUAACCUCCAAACCAGUCUGCUCCGCGCCCGAAGUCGUCGUCGCUGCCAGCGCCGCCAGCCAAGCUGUACCCACCCCCCUCCCAUCCCUCGUGAGUGUACCACAAUCAGCUGAAAAUCGUCCAGUGAAAAGAGUUCUCCCCCCGUCCCCCCAAGUAUCCUCAAAAGUGAUAAAACAAUCCAAUUCCUUAUCCAUUGAAACCAUAACAAGUGACAAAAAUUACCCAAAAGACUACUACAAGGACUUUAGCAAUGCCUUAUCUUCUAUGUCCUUCAACGAUGACAUAUUAUCCGAAGAACAAUUUUUAAACCUAUUCCACUCUUCAAGCAAUACAAGUUUUAAUGCAAGACUCAAGAGAUUAAAUAUUCUAGAACUCACCACCAAACUUAGUGAACUUAACAAUUUUGCAACUGAUGAAAGACUCAAAACUAGAACAAAGUUAGUUCAAAAAUUAUGUGUCAUUCAUAGUCCUAGUUAAUCUCUAAAUCUAUGUUUUAAUCAAAACAAUUCUACAUUUUUAAAAUGUUCAACUAAUAAAUUAAAAACCUACUCCCACACAUAGAAACAAAAAUGUAACGUUCUACCAUUCUAAAUUUUACUCUUUUAGACACAAACAAGCAGCACCGCAUGCCCGCUGCAUCGCCAGCUAUUUGUAUCAAAAUCACACCCCCCUUUUAGCCCAUAAUGUACAAUUAAAUCCCCCAAUAAAUCCUUUGUAAAAACUCAAAA